AUGUCAGUUGAAACUAUUCAAAAUCGUUCAAAUACUAUGGAAGAAGAAUCAACCAAAGAAAAUUCAUCAAUCACAACAAUUCCACAAUCACCUACUCAAAAUCAAUCAUCUGGUACUUCAUCACAACCAACACAAAAUGAUAAGAAUGAUACUAUUGGUUAUUUAAACUCAAUGAAAUAUACUAAAACUAGACCAUAUUUAGAACAUCUUAUGCAAAGUAUAAAUAACAUACCUAAUAGUUGGUAUAUCAAUAAUCAAUUAAUUUAUGUUCCUAUUCCAGAUUCAAUACAAGAUUUUAAACAUAAAUCUAUUUCAUCUCAAGUUAAAAAUUAUCUAAUUACAAUGCUUGGUAGUGAUGAUAAUGGAAUGAACAAAAGACUACAAAAAUUAGUUCAAAUUCUUAAUACUAACUUCAAAAAUAUUUAUAAUUCUAUUCAAUAUUCUAUUACACAAUAUAUACAAAUGUUUACGAGUUAUAUUUCAUCAGUGUUAAACAGACCAAUAAUGAAUUGGGAUCUUAAAGGAAUGUUUUAUUUAAUUGAUAAUGGAGAUAAUUAUGUUAAUAAUCCAAUAAUGAUAUUAUGUGAUAAUUUAAUUUUAUCAAUCCAACGAUCAACCAUUAUUAAAAAUGCUAAAUCAAAAGGUGAUAAUAGAGAAUUUAAUAUUGAAAAUGAAUAUAAACAAGCUAAAGAAGUUGGAAGAAAACAAUAUAUACAUCUUGCUGGGUUACGUGAUGAUAUUUCAAAUAAUAAUGGAUUUAGUAAAUCAUUAAAUGUAGGAAAAAGAAAACAAAAAUCAUCAAAAUAUGAAAAAACAGAAAGAAAAUUUUCAUUUCAUUCAUUCUUUAUUCUAGGUAUGACUAAAAAUCAAAUUAUUCAACAUUCAUUAUUUGGUGGAAAAGAAGGAGCAAGUGGUUUAGCUCAUUUAAUAAAAGCAAAAGUAAUUCCUGAUUGUGUAAGUUCAAUAUGGGUAUGUUGUGUUGAUAAAAGAUAUGAAAAUGGAAGAAAUGGGAAAUUUUCUGUAUCUAAACAAAAUAUUACAUGGUCAGGUGGAAAACUUAAACCAGAUAUAGAUGAUGAAAAGGGAUUAACAAAAUAUUUAAUUAUUUAUUUAUAUGCUAAAGAUCAUGAGUAUAUGAAUAAAAAAUAA